AUGGCUAUGGAGUUAUUCUUCACAGACCGGGUCUACGCCAUCUCCGGCGGCGCGAGUGGAAUAGGUCUGGCGACGUCGAAACUCCUACUGAAGUACGGCGCCAAAGUCUCUAUCGGGGACAUUAAUAUACCCAGUGGCCUUCUCGCAGAGCUCGCCGGCGCCGACUCCCAGGCAGGAGAAUCGGCCGAGAACAAAGACAUUCUUCUGAAAAAGGUCGACGUGCGGUCUCGCGCCGACGUCGAUUCGUGGAUCGCCGAGACGGUGGAAAGAUUCGGAAAGCUGGACGGGGCGGCAAACCUCGCGGGCACGAUUCCCAAGGACCACAACAUCGGGGGCAUUGAAGACGUCGAUGACGACCAGUGGCGCUUCGUCUUCGACGUCAAUGUGCACGGCAUGAUGAACUGCCUGCGAGCACAGCUCAAGGUCAUUGGGAAAGACGCGAAAGGGGGACAGGGAGAAGGAGGCGCCGUCGUCAACGCGGGGAGUGGCCUGAGUCUCCAGGGCAGGGAGUACACGACCGCAUACACGGCGAGUAAACAUGCGGUACUGGGCAUGACGAGGUGUGUGGCCAAGGAGGUGGGCAAGAGGGGAGUCCGUGUCAACUGUGUCGCGCCGGGCUUCACAAACACCCCGCUGAUGAAGCAAUCCAUGGCGAUAUCCGAAGGUUCGGCGUCGGCAGAGGACUUUUCGACUACCGCCCUCGGCAGGAUGGCACAGCCGGUCGAGAUUGCCGACACGAUCGUCUAUCUGCUGAGUGACAAGGCGAGUUUCGUGACGGGGGCCUGUGUUUCUGUCGACGGAGGGUGGUUUUGUUGA